AUGGACCCGCUCAGCGACGAUACUAUCCCUUUCGGAGAGGAGAACGCUGCAAAUUCUACAAAAUUACCGCAUCCAUGUGUAACCUUUUUUCACUUAUUCUUCCGAGUGUCUGCUGUUCUCAUCUAUUUUUUUGGAAGAAUAUUUACCGAGAGCUUUAUCACAUUAUUUGUUCUUAUAAUUUUAUUAUUAUCCAUGGAUUUCUGGAUUGUAAAAAACAUAACAGGUCGUAUUAUGGUUGGCUUGAGAUGGUGGAAUUAUGUAGACGAUGAUGGGGUUUCACAUUGGGUAUACGAAUCACGAAAGGGAUCUGUGCAGCAUCGAGUUAACUCCAGUGAAUAUACAAUAUUUUGGGCUGGAUUAUGGUCCGUCACUGGAAUGUGGAUUUUAUUCUUUAUCACAUCAUUCUUUAGCAUAAAUUUUAAAUGGAUGUUAUUGGUCAGUAUAGCGUUGACUUUGAAUAUUGCAAAUUUGCAUGGUUAUAUUAAAUGCAAAGGAGGAAAUCAAGAAAACAUGGGUAUUUCUUCGAUGGCCAGUAGUUUUAUUUUUCAAAAUAUCGGAAAAGUAAGAGAGACAAUGUCAAGUUUAAAUAAUACACCAAGCAGUCCGCCAAAUAUAAAACCAACUGGUAUUGUCUAA